AUGGCAAAAUCAGCAGCUUCGGUCGAAAAAAAGGCCUGGUUUGAUCUUAAGUAUUGGGUCUACAUCAUACCCAUUGCUUAUAUUAUUUCGUUUUUGAUUAGAUUUAUACCAUAUACUGGCUUUUUUAACAUAGCCCAGGACUUCAAUAUUGAUAAUUGUGUUAAAUUUGAAGGGCCAAGCGAUUUCAUGAAUUGUGAAGACUUCGUUUUGUCUAAUGAAGCAGGCAUUGCCAUUGUAGCGUGCGAUCCUGCUAGAAGCAAGUUUAACAAAGUUCUGAAAGUCAACAAACUUCUGCCUGGCGAGCUUAUGACUCAGGGCAGCAUUUGGAAAGUGAAUUAUGCCCAGGAGCCGGGAAGCAUUGACAAGUUCAGUAUAAAGGAAAACAAUAGUAUCACAGCAGAUUUCCAUCCUUUGGGUUUGGCUUUGGAUAUACAUCCUACAACGGGAAAAAAGACUUUGCUUGUUGUCAACCUACCUCAUCAUAGUACGUCGACUGUUGAAGUGUUUUCCGUAGAUAGUUCCAACGAGCUCACACACAAGCAGACCAUUCGUCACUCAAAGAUAUACUCGCCCAACUCUAUUCACAUUAUCAAGAACGCACAAUACAGAGCAGCCGAUGGAACACCUUCCUUCUUUUUUACUAAUGACCAUUACUUUUCCCACACUCUUUUGAAAUAUUUGGAAAGCUUUUUCUUCCCUUUAAGCAACGUUGGAUUCUAUAAUGCGCGUACGAGAGAAGUAGAAAAGGGCGUAAACGGAUUGAUGUUUGGUAAUGGACUGGCCGGAACAGAUGAAAUCCUUUUUGUAGCAGAAACAAGCAAACGACUAGUUAAGCAGUACAAGAUAGGGCAAUCAGUAGAUGGACAAAACGUGCCUCAUAUGUUUUUAGAUUACGCGACAGAAAAGUCCUUCCCAAUGGCAGUAGAUAACUUACAUUAUGUCCCUUCAGAAAAACGGUUGUUAGUCGCCGGACACCCUAAACCUCUUCAAUUAUUGAGACAUGCAGUGAAAACAGCAGACCAGGAUGUGGACGUCAAACCACCUUCACAAGUAUAUGAAUGGAAUAUUCGAAACGGUGAAAGCAAGAUUUUAAUUCAAGAUGAUGGUUCUUUGUAUGGUACUUCAACUUCAAGUGCUAUUGAUGUGGAAAAUUCCAAAUUGAUUGUUUCCGGCCUUUACGAACAAGGGCUUCUGAUUUGUGAGAUAUAA